AUGCGAGAUAAUAUCCUGAAAAUGGCAGCGAGCCUUUUGGCAUGCGGAUUGGAUCCUGAAAAAACGAUCCUCUUUCAACAGAGCACAGUUGCUGAGCACGCCAAUUUGAUGUACAUUUUGGGAUGCUUACAAACUGUAGCUCGCCUCACCAGAAUGCCACAGUACAAAGAUAAAGCAUCAGUGUUCAAACAAGGCGAUAUUCCGGUGAAUCUUCAACUUUAUCCAGUCCUACAAGCAGCUGAUGUGCUCUUGUACAAAGGAACUCAUGUGCCAGUGGGCGAUGAUCAAACACAACAUUUGUUAUUGAUGAGAGAUUUAGCCGCUAAAUGCAAUGCUGUCCUUCAUUUCGAUUUCUUCCCAGUACCUGUCCAGGUGAGCGCGAAAUGUGUGCGCCUGAAAAGUUUGCAAGACCCGGAGAAAAAGAUGAGUAAAUCAGUAGGUAAUAAUCGAUCGCGUAUUCUAAUCUGUGAUACAAGACAAGAAAUCGAUGAGAAGUGUGCAAAAGCUCUGAGCGAUUCGAUAUCCAAAAUUACAUACGACCCGGUUACGCUUUAUUCCUACGCAACUGGUCUGUCAACCGAAGAAGUAAUCCAGGAUUGUGCCAAUUUAGAUACAAAGGGAUUCAAGGCUCGUUUGAGUGAAAAAAUCGACGCACAUAUUGCACCUAUUCGAGAGAAAUACGAAACUUUGCUACAAGAACCGCAGUUAAUUCAAGAAAUUUUAAUGUACGGUGCGGACCGAGCAAGAGAAAGAGCACGCGAAACAAUGCAAGAACUGAGGGAACUUCUUGGCCUUAAUGUUUGUGGAAGGAUAGAAAGUGUUAUGAAGUCUCGAACAAGCGCCUAG